UAAAAAAAGUUGAAGAAGAAAAAAGAAAAAAGAAAUGGCUUCAUCAAUUGUCCUCCUAAUCUCCAUUCUAUUACCUCUUUCUCUCGUGCUCGGAGACGCUGACUUGAUCCAGAAAGUUUGCCAGAAGACACAGUUUCCCGAUCUAUGCACAUCGACAUUAAACACCUCCCGGUUUAGCAAACCUGCAGAUGUAAGACGUCUAGCCACUAUUAUGAUUAAUGCUGGCUCUGCUAGUGCUGCAGACACAUUCAGAUUCAUACUCGCUGAGCUUGUUAAAACUGUUUCUGAUCCAGCCGCAGUUAAAGCGUUUAAGAGAUGCAGCGAAGAAUAUAAAGAAGCCAAGACUUCUCUGGAUAUAUCAAGUGAAUAUUCGAGCUUCUUGGACUACGAAAUGGCAUUGAAAAAAUUAAAUUAUGGCAGAGAUCAUGCUGAUAGGUGCCGUGAUUCGUUUACUUUGUUCAAUCCUCCAUUGUCUUAUCCUGAUGCACUGGAACAAAGAGAAGUCAGAUUUGUGGAGUUGGUUGAUGUUGCUGCUGAUAUCAUCAAACAACAUCUUGUGCAUGUUAAUUAAUUAAUUAAGAUGGAGUUUUAAUAGUGAGAUCUUGAUUUACCGAUCAAAACAAAAUAAUGAUUUAAUGUUCUUUUAAAGUUAUUUCGAACUAUUAAUGAGAAUUGAUUAAGUUUCC